AUGGCGGACGAGAGAGAGCCGUUGCUUUCUUACCAUGAGGUGCAGCGUGAAAGAACGGAGCAGCUGCUCGCGCACGAGAUCACAGCGAGUGCGCAGGCUAAUGAAGACUACCCUAUUGAUCAUGGGAAAGUGGCUUGGAUGCAGGUGUUGGGUGGAUUUAUUUUGUUUGCGAAUAGCUGGGGUUUACCAAAUGCGUUCGGAGUUUUCCAGACUUACUACGUUGACAGCCUGAUGCCAGAACAAGAUGCAGCGCGUAUCGCAUGGAUUGGCUCAAUACAGUUAUUCUUCACUACCAUCGGUUGCUUACCUGGUGGUAUGCUGCUUGAUCGGGGAUACCUCAAGUCUACGAUUGCCGUGGGCACGGUCUUGGAACUACUUGGUUUGAUCCUGACUUCUUUCUUCAAGAGCUAUUGGCCCAUCUUCUUCGCCCAGGGAGUGUGCAUGGGUAUCGGGAGCGGUCUGAUGGCGAUAGUGCCUGUUGCUGUACUAGCAAUGUUUUUUGAAAAGAAGCGGAUGCUGGCUACCGGUCUUGCGUCGACGGGCGCUAGUGUGGCUGGUAUUGCGUAUACGCUCUCGAUGCGCUCGCUCUUCCUCAGCGUGGGUUUUGCAUGGGCUGUCCGUAUCUUCGCGCUCAUCAUACUGGUUACCAACGUCAUCGCUUUUGCGGUGAUGCGGUUGCAGCUUCAGUACGGAUCCAAGGGCUCCAGCUUCGGCUUUCACCAUUUCAAAGACUUGCCGUACACGGUAUUUGUCAUUGCGUUUACGCUGUUUGUCGCUUCAUCCUUCGUACCCUUCUUCUUUAUCCAAGAAUAUGCCAUCAAACUGGGUGUGUCGAAAGACAUGGCAUUCAAUCUACUAUCCAUCAUGAAUGCGGCAAACAUAUUCGGACGCUUUGUACCGAAUUUCAUUGCUGAUCGAUAUGGCGGUGUGAAUACCCUGCUUCCCCUUACAAUCGCAUGCAUCAUCACCCUCUGCAUGCUUCCUCUCGCCCAAGAAAUCAACGGUCUCAUCGCCAUUAGUAUCGUAUACGGUUUCCUCUCUGGUGGCGUGAUCAUCAUCCCUGGCCCUACCAUCACCGACCUCUCGCCCAGCAAGGCCGAGAUUGGUGUUCGCCUAGGCCUUGCCUACCUCGUUGCUGCUUUCGGCGGACUGCUCGGCAAUCCCGCUACAGGGGCUAUCAAGGGGGAGGGCAAUGGCGCUGUAGAGAACUUUCAGGGUGUAUGGUUUUGCGCGGCAGCCGUUAUGGGUGCAGGUGCCGUGGCGCUUGUUGCCACGAGGUGGCUGAAGUUUGGUAGCGCGUGGGCUGUAGGAAGAGUAUGA